AUGGCAACAGCCACUCCUCCCGUUCAACUCGUGGACGGAGACCUUGAGCCCGCGCGAGUCCUUGUCGCCAAGAAUCGCCCUCGACCAUGUCGCACUUCCAUUACCCAGUCAGAUAUAGUUUACGAGACACAAAAGCAGCAAGUCGCCAUUACCAGCCUUGUCCAAGAGUUUACUAUCCUUCCCAUCACGCUCAAGGCAAUCAAAGACCGCUUCAAGUCCGAGAUGGCCAAGGGCCUUGCGAAACAAGGGGAGACACUCGCCAUGGUUCAAACACAUAUCCUCGGACGACUCAACGGCUCAGAGACGGGGACAUACCUGACGUUGGAUAUCGGAGGAACCUACCUAAGAGUGGUACUCGUCGAGCUCUCACAAGGAAGUGCUGUCAGUACAAGACAGAAAAAGUAUGCCAUCGAUCCACUGCUCAAAGUUGGAGAACCCAAGGUGCUCUUUGAUUUCAUGGCCACCUGCAUCGACUCGUUCUUGCUCGCCAAUGACGCCGUAAUUCCGAAGAGGAGCCAAUUGGAGCUCGGGUUUACGUUCUCCUUUCCGGUCCUUCAGACUAGCAUCAACAGCGGCACAUUGAUCGAGUGGACCAAAGGAUACAACUGUCACGGUAUGGUCGGAAAGGACCCUGCAAAGUUCCUACAGCAAGCGCUUUUGAGCAGAAACCUUAAUGUCAACGUCUGGCUCGGAACAGGAAGCAACGCUGCUUACAUUGAGAGAGUUGAUCGAAUCGGGAAGAGGGAUACCACUGUGCUUGGAGACAAUGCUGAGGCAUCCGCGCAAGAAAUGGCUAUUAACAUCGAGUUUGGUGCGUUUGACAAUGAGCGAACAGUCCCCCCCAUGACCAUGUUUGACAACAAGAAUCCCUCCAAGCAAUUGUUUGAGAAGAUGAUUGCUGGCAUGUACUUGGGUGAGAUUACAAGAAACGUGCUUCUGGAUUUGAUCGACAAUCGACUGCUUUUUCGAGGUCGGAGCAGCCACAAGCUGGACACACCCUGGGAGUUCUUGACAGAAUACAUGUCUGUGAUAGAAGAGGACUCAACAACUGAUCUAGAAGACGUUCGUCGCAUGCUUGAAGACAACCUGGGACUGGGCCAAGUCGAGCCAUUGGAGUCUCAACUCGUGGCUGAGGCACGGACAGCGGGUCCAACCAGCGGAGGAGAAUUACUGAAGGAGUCAGCAACAACGCUGUCGGAUCGGCAGAUCGUCAAGUUAGUCGUUGAGCUGAUUGGUGAGCGGUCAGCUCGACUGGCAGCUGCUGUAUUGGGUGGUAUUCUGGAGCAUACGAUGGGGUACACCUGGGCAAGAAAUGAGGCUGAGAGGCAAGGAGGGGUUGAUAUUGGGGUGGAUGGUAGUCUCUACGGAUUGUAUCCUGGAUACGACAGCGACCUUGUUCGUGGUCUUCAGGAGCUGUUUAUAUUGGAGCCCGAGAUGUCCUUUUUGUUUGCGAAGGACGGCGAGAGUGGGGGCUUUAUGGAAAAGAUUAGAUUCGGACGAUCGCUUGAUGGGAGCAGCGUUGGAGCAGCACUUGGGGCUGCGCUGGCGACAGGCACAGCCACGGAUGGGGUCACUAAAUCCAGACAUGCGAGGAAAUAA